CAGCUGAAAAUUUCAAAGAAAUUCAGAACCACCCCUAUACUCGCACACUAUCUUAUGUUUUGCUUUAUAAAUAACAUUAUCUUAAUUAAUUCUCCUCCAAGCAAAGUGGUACGGGCUUUGUUCUGUUCUGUUCCUUGCACGUCCUUUGUUUGCGAGCAGCUAGUCAAGUGAGGGGAUCCGUAAUGUCAACGAAGAAACCGGAAAUCGCACACGGCCUUAAACGACGUCGUAUGACAAAGAGAAGCUGCUUCCUUGAGAAACAGAAGGCGACGGUGGAUAAGCUGAGUGCGAAGUUAGCUAAGAAGAAAGAAAAGAUUAAGCGGAUGAAGAACGGGAUAAACGAUAUGAUGGCGAAACUGGAGGACGUGGAAUGGGAAUGCGCCAGAAUGAGGGAGGAGUAUCAGCUGGCGAUUGAGCAGAACGUCGACCUCCAACUCGCGCUCGACUACAUACUGUUUGCCUUCUUGCGCGGAGGAGACGCUGGAAGCUGACUAUCCGUAUGUGUAUUAUUCGCAUGCCCGUUUCCUAUUUUAAUUCUGAAUUAGCUGAUAGCAUUGUGGGGGGAAGGAAGGCGAAGGUUGUCCUUAUGUUGAUUGGGGGAUAAAUAAGGAAGAUGGAAGAGUAUAAAUUAUGUGUAUGUAAUUUUGGCAUGCGAUUUCCUAUUUCCUUAGUUGAUUGUGAAUAUGCUGAUAGUGCUGCUGUUGGGGAAAGAAAAGAGAAAGGUUGUUCUGUAUGUUGAUUAAGGAUGAAAUAAGGAAAAGAUGGAGGAGUAUAAUCAAUGAACCAUGUUUUACAUUGUAGACUUGUAUUGGCAAAA